AUGAGCGAAACGCCUGAAGCGACGUGUGCGUCCUUUUCGCCCAGCAAGAUGCAAAUCAUCCUUAUUGAUCAACGCCGUCUUCCGCUCCACAAUGGCUCGUGUGACGUGUGCGUGAGCACCAUCACCAACCAGAGAGGCUGGCAGCAGGUUCGGGACAGGGAACAACUCGUCACUGUCUCCAUGCCCACCUCUGUCCGUCACAGACUUCGCUGGGAUCAAUGGGUUCCAUUGAAAGACCUGGGAUCGGCUGGCAGAGAAACCAGCAGGUUUGCUGAUGGAACCGGCGGAACUUUGGUUGGAUCCAGAGAAAGACCGGAAUGCAGCUUAAUUAAGAAUUACGACUUGGACGGGUUCUUUUCCCGGCUCUACUGGUAUCAUUUCAACCGAGGCUUUUUACCCAUGCUGGUUCGCGACGUUCUCGCCUUGCUGCAUUACAGCUUUCUAGCAUCUGUCGCGUUUGUCAUCACGCACUGCGUCGACAUCGACGCACUUUCCAAGCAUGACUUGAUUUUUCGGUCUGCUGUCCCAAUGGAAAGAGAGAUUCCCAAUCAGAAUCCGAAUGUCUCUGAUCCAAUCACGGCAUCCAACAACAACAACAACAUGAACAUAAGAUCCAUUUUCACAGUCGUGUUACCCAUUGAAGAAUGUGUGGCGAUCUCUAUAGAAAAGCUCCAUCCAGGCCUAGUGGUGGCAUUUUGCUACUUGUGCUUCCUGAUCUCCAAGUUCUUUUAUCAUUUCGUCAUGUGCUAUUGGCUACAUGUGUUUUACCGUGAUGUUUUGCUGGUUUCCGAGCAAGACCUCCAGCUCGUUUCGUGGCAAGAAGUUAUGGCACGAGUGAGGACAGCUGUGGCGGAAGGAAGAAUGUCCAUGGAAAAACAUAACUUGAGUGAUUUAGAUAUUUAUAACAUAAUUCUGAGAAGCACGAAUUAUUUGCUGGCAAUGACGAACAGAUACGUGAUCGCCGCUGUGUUCAAAUAUCCCAUCGUUGGAACAUUCUCGUUCAUGUCCAGAUCGUAUUGGCAAACAAUGACAUUUUUAUUAUUUGACUUUCCAGAUGCUCCAUUCAAAGGAGGAAGAAGACUCAAGCCGCUUUACAAAAAUGAGGAAACACGAGACCAAGCAGUAAUGAAUUUGAGACUGAGAAUCCUAUUUUUCGCUGUAGCGAACACAUUACUGAUGCCGUUUGUCGUGUUGUACAGAAUCGUCGAUGCUGUUUGCGAUUCACUUGAGACGAUCAAACGGAGUCCUGGCGAUUUGGCGUCUCGGUCCUGGUCCACCUAUGCCAUGGUGUAUUGUAGACACUUCAAUGAGCUUGAACACGAGCUGUACUACAGAAUGAAUUCAGCUCAUGAACCAGCGGUCUUUUACACAGACUCGAUAUCGAAUUCAAUUUGGGCCGAAUUUCUGAGGUUCAUCAGAUUCCUGCUUACAAGUAUUCUCGGCAUUCUUAUUGCUAUGAUUCUUUACAACGAAACGCUUCUGUCGGUCAGAGGCGUUUUGACGACAAUGAGUGUCUGUGGGACUUUGCUGGCGUUCGUGAGGAGUUGGUUGCCGAAUACGAGGGCGAUCAAAGCUCCUCACAGGUUCAUGAGGGCUUGUGUCAGCUAUAUCCAUUAUGUGCCAAUUUUCUUUUUGGAACAAGCGCAGACUUUGACGAUUCAUGAAGAAUUUGGCUGCUUGUACGAAACUGGAUGGUCAACCAUAUGGAAGCGUCUGGCGUCAGCAAUUCUGCUUCCAUUGUUCCUGUUGUUUGAAGUUCUGCCCAACGCGGAAGACAUUGUUGCCUUCCUGGCUGAUAACACUGUGAGCCUCGAAGGCAUUGGAGACGUUUGCAGCUUCGCCUUGUUCGACCUGGAACGACACGGCAGCGACUUCUGGAAAGUGCCUGAAUGCAAAGAAGUUGAGGAGAAUAAAAUCGACGACGACAACCCAGAGCAACGGGAUGAUGACAAACGCUUUAGUUCCACUCCAGACCGCUCCUCUUUUUUCUGGCAGCAAAAGAAGUGGGACUCCGGAGGACGCGUGGAGAUGUCGCUCCUACGAUUCACUGCUUCAAAUCCGCAAUGGAAACCAGAACCGAGCCACGUGGAAUAUUUGACGGGCCUCGAAAUGGCAUUACGGGAAGGUGUUUUCUGCUUUCGCCGUAAAAAACCAUAUGUUCAUUCGCUGGAUAUUGAACCCUGCCCAACAGCAGCAAAAGAUGACGAUGUCGUUCCGGCAAUUGAAGCUGAUCUCAAAAAUAAACCAUACACUUCCGAUGCCCGAAAUUCCGCCAGGAAAACGGAUUCACCUACGAAGAAAUCGAUCCACUCGAGCAAAAAAGCCAAGAAACGCAAGAACAAGCAAAGGAAACGCUUGGUAUUUCACAUCGACAAUAUCGGCGAAGCCAUCCUGUUCUUGUACGAUUUGUACAAAUUCAACUUCAAAAAGGCAAUUCUCGGGGACGACGCUUCCGAGGAUGAACCUUUCAUCGACGCUGAUAUCGGACAAUAUUUGUUGAAUCCUUCCAGAAAAUACACUUCUCAACGACGACGAGUACCUCUAACGGAAAUGGUAGAAUUUGGCAACUGAAGAUUCAUUCCAGCCUUUUCAUUAUUCUGAAAAUUGGUUGUAACUAAUGUUCCGUCUCCAUUUUAUGAUGCUUUUCGUCUUUUUUUCUUCCAUUCGAACUACUGCUGAAAUAUUUCAUAUUGACAUGCCUCGAA